CCUUGCAGAUUUCACUGGUGUUUUCUAAAGAAAAUGGACUACUAUCAUUUAUUCAUAAGUCGCUGAGUGUUGAAGAUUUUAGAGAAUGCAGAGAAGAAGCAUUAAAAUUUAUUCUUGCCUUUGUGGAAAAGAUUGGCCUCAAAGUUCAGCCUUAUGCACAAGAUGUAAAGCGGAUAUGUGUUACUGUUUAUACAAAAGGCAGAUCAGCAAAAUGUGGAAUUCCAGCUCUAGAGCUAUUGAUCAAGCUGCUUCAGAAUUUACAAUCAUCAUAUGUAAUGGAAGACAUGAAAGUUGGAGAAAUCUUUAACAAAUUUUAUGGAGAACUUGCUAUAAAAAGCAAAGUGCCUGAUACAGUGUUGGAAAGGAUUUAUGAGCUCUUGGGAGUCUUGGGAGAAGUUCAACCUAGUGAAAUGAUUGACAAUUCUGAAAAACUAUUCCGUGCUUAUCUGGGAGAAUUAAAAAUACAGAUGACCUCUGCAACAAGACAACCAAAGUUCUCUAUUGUAGCAGGGUGUCUGAAAGGACUGACUGCACUUAUGUAUAAUUUUACCAAAUCCAUGGAUGAAGAUCCUCGAACUUCAAAAGAGAUCUUUGAUUUUACAGUGAAGGCCAUAAGUCCACAGAUCGAUUUAAAAAGAUAUGCAGUGCCUCUUGCUGGUCUACAUUUAUUCAGUAAGCAUGCUGUUCAGUUCAGCACUUAUCUUUUAGACAAUUAUGUCUCAUUGUUUCAAACAAUGUCCAAAUGGAGUGGCCAUCAAAAUGCAGAACUCAAGAAAGCUGGUCAUUGUGCGUUGGAUUCAUUUCUUAAACAGAUUUCAUCAAUGGUUGCCAAAGAUGUUGAAAUGCAUAAGAGCAAGUUGCAAUUCUUUAUGGAACAAUUUUAUGCUAUCAUCAGAAAUAUGGAUGCCAGCAACAAAGAACUGUCCAUUGCUAUUCGUGGUUAUGGACUAUUUGCAGCGCCUUGUAAAGUUAUCAGACCAAAGGAUGUAGAUUUCAUGUAUGUCGAACUCCUUCAGCGCUGUAAGCAGAUGUAUCUAACUGAGGCAGAAACAAUUGAUGACCAUGUAUAUCAACUACCAAGCUUCCUUCAAUCCAUUGCAAGUGUUAUAUUCCACUUGGAUGCUAUUCCUGAGAUAUACACUCCAGUUCUUGAACGUCUUAUAAUAGUACAAAUAGAUAGCUUCCCACAAUAUAGUACCAAGAUGCAAACAGUAUGUUGUAGGUCUAUUGUGAAAGUAUUUUUAGCUUUGGCAGCAAAAGGCCCUGUAUUGUGGAGUUUUAUGAGCACUGUCGUGCAUCAGGGUUUAAUCAGAAUCUGUUCAAAACCACUGGAUUUUUUUGGGAAAAAUGUUUCCAAAUCAGAAGAAUCAAAUUCAUCUGGAGAAGUAAGGACUGGGAAAUGGAAAGUGCCUACAUACAAAGAUUACCUGGUUCUCUUUAGAACCUUACUUAGCUGCGAUACAAUGAAGGAUAUCCUGUUGGCAGAUGAAGCCUGUCUAACUGAAAAUUCACCACUACAGUCUCUAAAUCGUCUGUUAUAUGAUGAACUCAUAAAAUCUAUCAUAAAAAUAAUUGAUAAACUGGACCUUACGGUUCAGAAACAGAACAUUAAUGAAGAAAAGGAUGGAAGUGAAGGUGAUGCCCAUCUGACAAUUCCUACCUCUGAUCCAGCUGCAAACCUUCAGCCAUCUAAGCCUAAAGACUAUGCAGCCUUCAUUAACUUAGUGGAAUUUUGCAGAGAGAUCCUUCCAGACAAGCAUAUUAAAUAUUUUGAACCAUGGAUUUAUUCAUUUGGUUAUGAGCUGAUUAUACAGGCAACGCAUUUACCUUUUAUUAGUGGAUUUUAUAAGCUGCUGUCUAUUGCGAUGAAAAUUGCAAAGAAGACUAAAUAUUUUGUGGGUGUCAGUCCAAAGAGUAAGAAAACAUGUCCUGAAGAUCCAGAGAAGAGUUCCUGUUUUGCAUUAUUUUCCAAAUUUGGAAAAGAGGUAACCGCAAAAAUGAAGCAGUACAAAGAUGAAUUAUUAGCGUCCUGUCUGACUUUUGUGCUUUCUCUGCCAUAUGACAUCAUUAUGCUUGAUAUCAAAGCAUACAUUCCUGCUUUACAGAAUGCUUUUAGAUUGGGUCUUAGCUACACUCCAAUGGCUGAUGUGGCACUGGAUGCACUGGAGGACUGGUCAGCCCACAUUCCCAGAUACACUAUUCAGCCUUAUUACAAAGACAUUGUGCCUUGCCUUGAUGGUUAUUUGAAAACUUCUGCAUCAGCAGGUGAAUCUCAGAAUAAUUGGGAAGUGAAGAAACUUUCCAAAGCCAUCCAGAAAGGAAUGAACAAAGUAGUAAUUCAGCAUCUCAAAAAAUCAAAGAAUCUUGAUUUGGAGGAAGAUCCGUCUUUAGAGGCAGUAAGAGCUAGAGUUGUACGCCUUCUUGGUACUUUGGGAGGACAAAUAAAUCGGUAUUUAAUUACAGCUACUUCUGCAGAGGAAAAAAUGAAGAAAUUUGUAUCCUGGGAUAUAGAGAAGCGCCUGAAUUUUGCAGUUCCAUUUGCUGAUAUGAAGCCUGUAAUAUACUUGGAUUUAUUCUUGCCUCGGGUCACCGAAUUGGCUCUUUGUGCUAGCGACAGACAAACUAAGGUUGCAGCUUGUGAGUUGUUGCAUAGCAUUGUUAUGUUCAUGCUGGGAAAAGCUUCUCAAAUACCUGAAGGACACGAGAAUUCCCCACCAAUGUUUCAUUUGUAUAAACAUAUGUUUCCUAUACUGCUUCGACUUGCUUGUGAUGUGGACCAGGUUACAAGGCAACUCUAUGGCACUUUAGUAAUGGAAUUAAUUCAUUGGUUCACAAACAAUAAAAAGUUUGAAAGUCAAGAUACUGUGACACUACUGGAAGCAAUUUUGGAUGGUAUAGUGGAUCCUGUAGACAGCGCUUUGAGAGACUUUUGUGGUCAAUGUGUCCAUGAAUUUUUGAAAUGGUCCAUUAAGCAAACUACUCCACAGCAGCAAGAGAAAAGUCCAGUGAACACAAAAUCUCUUUUUAAGAGGCUGUACAGCCUUGCUCUCCAUCCUAAUGCUUUCAAACGGCUAGGAGCUGCACUUGCUUUCAAUAACAUUUACCGAGAGUUUAGAGAAGAGAAUGCUCUGGUGGACCAGUUUGUUUUUGAAGCAUUAGUUGUAUAUCUGGAAAGUCUGGCCUUGACACAUGGAGAUGAGAAGUCUUUAGGUACAGUUCAACAGUGCUGUGAUGCUGUUGAUCACCUCAAGCGUAUCAUUAAGCAAAAAGCGUCUACUUUGAACAAAAAAAGCAAUCGGAGAUUGCCUCGGGGAUUUCCAUCUAGAUCUAUUUGUUUAGAGGAUGUUGUCAUGUGGCUUUUAAGACAGUGUGGACAACCCCAAACAGAGUGCCGGCACAAAGUCAUGGAACUUUUCUUUGAAUUUGUUCCCUUGUUGCCAGGAAACCCAUCUCCAUCUUCAUGGUUGGGUGAUGUUCUUCAGAAAGAAGGAAUCUAUUUUCUCAUAAAGAAAUUUGAAGGAGGAGGAUGUGAGGGUGAAAAUGUCUCUGGAAUCUUAUCUCAUUCAACCCUCUAUGAAUUGCAAGGGAGCUUUAGUUUGCGAGCUGUUGUACAAUGGAUGGAUAUGCUUCUAGCUGCUUUAGACUGUUACAAUACCUUUAUUGAACAAGGAAUGAUAAAACCAAAUGAGAUCUUAGCUACAAAUACAGGGUCUUCAUUCUUAAAAUCACUGGAGUUCUUCCUUGGUAAAAUUGCCUUGUGCAAUAUAUCUGGUGCAGAGCAAUGUUUUAGCAGUGCAUCCAAAGAUGAUAUGUUAUUGAGUCCACAAGAAAGAGAAGAAUACAAUUAUAGCAAAUGUACAAUUAUAGUUCGGAUUAUGGUUUUUGGAAGCAUGAUUUUGGAGACUCACCAGCAACAUUUCUGGAAGCUGCUUGAGAAAGAGCUGCUUAAUGAGAAUCUAAUAAAACUUGUUGUGAAAACUAUUUGUGACCCCAAAAGUGUAGGCUUUAAUAUAGCUGAU